AAGGACGGAGAACGAAGGGAAGGUGCAGAGCAGCCUUGCCUCUCUCCUCCCUCGGCCCGAUGGCUUCCUUGGCCCGGCAAGGCAGGCUGUGGGGCCGGCCUUUCUCCUUCUCCUUCUUCUCCUUGGCCUCCUUCUCCCGCCUCUCGCCUUCGAAGGGAAGCCCCACAGAGUUGCGCCGGGCGGCCUUGGAGCAGCCGGGCGCCUUCUGGGGGGCGCAGGCCAGGGAGGCGCUCCAAUGGGAGGCCCCGCACCGCGAACACUGCGAGGCGGACUUCAGCCGCGGGAGCGUCCGGUGGUUCCUCGGCGGCCGCCUUAACGUGGCCGUGAAUUGCUUGGACCGCCAUGUACAACAUACUCCAAACAAAGUGGCUUUGAUCUGGGAAAAAGAUGAACCUGGAACUGAAGAGAAAGUCACUUAUGGGGAACUUCUGGACAUGACCUGCCGCCUCGCAAACACUUUAAAGAAAAAUGGAAUCACAAAAGGAGAUCGAGUCGCUAUCUAUAUGCCAAUGUCUCCACUGGCAGUGGCUGCAAUGUUGGCAUGUGCCAGAAUUGGUGCUGUCCAUACAGUUGUCUUUGCUGGCUUCAGUGCAGAAUCUUUAGCAGGGCGGAUCAAUGACUCUGAAUGCAAAGCAGUCAUCACUUGUAACCAGGGCCUGAGGGGAGGACGGAUCAUAGAACUGAAGAAGACUGUGGAUGAAGCUGUACAAAAAUGUCCAAGCAUCAAGUGUGUCUUUGUGGCUCAAAGAACUGCCAACAAGAUCCACAUGAGAAAUCAAGAUAUUCUCCUCGAAGAAGAAAUGGCAAAGGCGGCUUCUGUUUGUCCCCCUGAAAUCAUGGACAGUGAAGAUAUGCUAUUUAUGCUUUACACUUCGGGAAGCACAGGGAAACCUAAAGGAAUUGUUCACACCCAGGCAGGAUACCUGCUUUAUGCUGCUUUAACGCACAAGCAUGUAUUUGACGUCAAGCAAGAUGAUAUUUUUGGUUGUGUAGCUGAUAUCGGUUGGAUCACAGGACACAGCUAUGUGGUGUAUGGACCACUCUGCAAUGGAUGUACCACAGUUCUGUUUGAAAGUACUCCCGUUUAUCCUGAUCCAGGUCGAUAUUGGGAAACUGUGCAAAGAUUAAAAAUAAAUCAGUUUUAUUGUGCUCCCACUGCAUUACGUUUGCUACUGAAGUAUGGAGAUGAAUAUGUGAAGAAAUAUGACAGGUCUUCUUUAACUACCCUUGGAUCAGUGGGAGAACCAAUAAACAAUGAAGCAUGGCAGUGGUUCUACGAUGUGGUAGGAGAUAGAAGAUGUAUGGUUGUGGACACAUGGUGGCAAACAGAAACUGGUGGGAUUUGCAUUGCACCUCGGCCUUCAGAAAAAGAAGAUGAGAUAAUUCCAGCUAUAGCAAUGAGACCAUUCUAUGGGAUUAACCCAGUACUGAUGGAUGAGAAGGGAAAUGUAUUAGAAGGCAAUGAUGUUUCUGGCGCCCUUUGUAUUUCCCAGCCCUGGCCUGGCAUGGCACGCACUAUCUAUGGAGACCACCAGAGAUUCAUAGAAGCUUAUUUUAAAACUUACCCAGGUUAUUAUUUCACGGGUGACGGAGCUUACAGAACCAAAGAAGGCUAUUACCAGAUAACAGGGCGAAUGGAUGAUGUGUUGAACAUCAGUGGACACAGACUUGGAACUGCUGAGAUCGAAGACGCCAUGGAUGAACAUCCUGCCGUACCUGAAACAGCUGUGAUUAGCUAUCCUCAUGACAUCAAAGGGGAAGUUCCAUUUGCUUUCAUUGUGCUAAAAGAUGAAACCGCACACCCAGAAAUUGUUACCAAAGAGUUAAAAGAAAUAGUUGCCUUAAAGAUAGCCAAAUAUGCAGUGCCUGAUCAUGUUCUGGUAGUGAAACGGCUCCCCAAAACACGUUCUGGGAAAAUCAUGAGAAGGUUGCUCCGAAGAAUAGUGGCAGGCAGCAUUACUGAUAUGGGAGAUCUCACCACAUUGGACGAUCCCACUGUCAUUACAGAAAUAGUUGACGCAUAUGAGAACUACAAAGCUAAACAUCCUACAUUUUGAUGGGAAGCUGUGGAAGUUAGUUCCCAAAAUGACAAAAGGAAUUGCCAAACUCCCUCAUGCUCUGUGAGGAAAUUCUGUUUAAUUCAAGUACAGAUCAGAAGAUUUUUCCUUCCGAACAAUAUUGUACAUCACAAGUUAGACUCUUGUGUAUGCAUAAUGUGCACCGUGCCUUACCUAUCUUUGAAACUACUUCAGACAUAAUUUACAUCUAGAAAGUUUACAGGCUUUCUCUAACAUUUUAAAAAGGUUUUGUUGAAAUAAUACUCCGGGGAGGAGACUAAAGAGAAGGCAUGAGCUUUGUUUUCAUGUCUGUGUCUUAGAAGAUAUGAAGCAUCUUUUAAAACUUUGUAUCAAAGAAGUUGUCUGUACCUUUUCCAGCAAUGGAGUUAGGAAGGAAUGGUGGCCAUACCCCCCGCUCAUCCAAAUAACUAGAAAUAGAAAGCUUUGAGAAAUGCCCUUUAAUGGUGAGCAGCUUAGAUCAGCCAAGCCUCAUUCUUGCUUCUCACUCUUGAUAGCGCACAUUCUGCUGCUCUGGUUAGCAAUUUCUAAUUCUUAUGUUUUCUGCAAAAAAGGAGGUGGAGAAGAAAGAAAGAGCACUUUAUUUCCUUUUCUCCUCUUCCCGUCUCUUUCCUCAUUGUGCAUUUUAUUAUCUGGGUUAUCUUUCAACAAGAAGGACUUUGUCGAUAUGCUGGGUUAUUCUCUCUAUCUCUCGCACAUAUACAUACACACACACACAGCUUCAAGUACAGGCAAAGUAGGAUCACAUCCAAUGGUGAAAGGUUGAUGGGAGGGGAAUGCAACAGACUGCUGUAAAUAAUCUAAGGCCAAGCUAAUUGUUCUGCAUCCCUGCCACCUGUCUCAAAACAAGUCUUGAAAUGAAUUGAGAAUUUCAUAUAUUUUGGGCAUUAAUAAAUCUGCAUCAGAGCAGCUUGCAUUUUCUCCUCUGAUGAUGAUGAAAAACUUUC